GAAAAGAGGAGAAAAAGACAGGUUUCUCUCUUUCUUUUUUCCGUGUAAGAUUCAGUUCCGACUCCCAAACAAUUCUUUCCGUCUCCCCUCAGUUUCACUAUCGAUCGGCAAUGAGCAAUCAAGCGGAGGAGUUGCCUCUUAUGGCUCCCCCAUCGAUCGCCGAGCCCAGCGAUAUCGACCUCGAGGCCGGCCCUGCAGAUCAAAUUCAGUGUCGAAUUUGCCUGGAAACCGAUGGUAGAGAUUUUAUUGCUCCUUGUAACUGCAAAGGAACAUCAAAGUAUGUACACCGCGAUUGUUUAGAUCAUUGGCGAGCUGUGAAGGAAGGUUUUGCAUUUGCUCAUUGCACAACUUGUAAAGCUCCUUAUCAUCUGAGAGUUCAUGUUGCUGCUGAUAGGAAAUGGAGAACCUUGAAAUUCCGAUUUUUUGUAACUAGAGACAUUAUAUCAAUAUUUCUGGCUGUUCAACUAGUCAUUGCUUCACUGGCAUAUUUGGUCUCUCUGGUUGAUGGUUACCAGCAGUCAUGGCUCCGUCUUACAUGGGGUUUUGACAGUGUGCUUAGUUUUUACUACAUAUGUGGCGCGUUGCUAUUUUUUGCUUUGCUGGGGAUAUCAGGGUGCUUUAUUACAUGCUAUGAUCGAAGAGUGCGUAAUGAUUUGGCUCAGCCUUGUCGAGAAUUAUGCCUCUGUUGCUGUCAGCCAGGAAUGUGUGCAGAUUGUCAUUUACCUGGCACUCUUUGUAUGUGGACUGACUGUACUACAUGCUUUGAAGGCUGUGCUAGUGCUGCUACUGAGUGUGGUUGCCUAGGAGGUGCUGGUGAAGCAGGGCUUCCAUUAUUGUUCAUAAUGGCAUUGAUUGUGCUUGGACUGUUUACUAUCAUUGGCAUAUUUUACAGUGUUUUGGUGGCUACAAUGGUUGGACAAAGAAUUUGGCAGCGGCACUAUCACAUACUCGCCAAAAGAUUGCUGACAAAAGUGAGUUGAACUGUAAAUCUUCAGGAGUAUGUUGUUGAGGAUGUUGAUGGUGAAAUGACUGGAUCUGACUGGUCUCCUCCUCCUCUCCCAGCUGAGCACGUCCAGCAGCUGAAAACACUUGGUCUUCUGUAAGUCUAGAACUGCAUAAUGUCAAUUGACGGAAACAUGAUAUAAAUAUGGAUUGGCUCGGUAUUUUGGUAUGUCAGUCUUCACAACAGGCUAAUAAAUCCUCUUUAUACCUAAAAAACAAGUUUGAUACCGUUAUCAAGCAAGAAGUUCUACAAAGGUUGUCAAUAUCAUUAUCAUUUAGUUAGAAUUAUGUGAAUAAUUAUUUGUGAGAUUCUUAAACUUCUUUUUUCAGUUUCUAUGUUCCUUUUGAAGUGGUACCAUUAGUUUCACUUCCUUGAAGAAACUAGAACAUGGAAUGUAACCGACAACAUUUUCAAACAUGAAUUUCAUGUUAAUGAUUUCCUGCCAAAUAUUAGUAUCCUUGUAGAGUUAUUUUUCUUUUCCUGAGAGUGGUUUCUUGUAUAACCUAUUUCAUUCAAACUAAGUGGAAGUUUGUCGAUCCCUUCUCUGUAAUGUGUACCCAGAGCUGAUGUAUCACUGAAACUUGAUUUUGGUGCUUUAUAUAUUUACUGAUGUCAUCGCUUUCUUUUCA